AUGGAGGAGGGGGACGAGAGCAUUCUGCACGGCCAGCAGCGGGUCCUCAUCAACAUUUCUGGCCUGCGCUUCGAGACCCAGUUGGGCACCCUCAACCAGUUCCCAGAUACGCUGCUGGGCGAUCCUGAGAAGCGUAUGCGCUACUUCGACCCCCUCCGCAAUGAGUAUUUCUUUGACCGCAACCGACCGAGCUUCGACGGCAUCUUGUACUUCUACCAGUCAGGGGGCAAACUCAGGCGGCCAGUCAAUGUCUCUAUUGAUGUCUUUGCUGAUGAAAUUCGUUUCUAUCAGCUAGGCGAGGAGGCCAUGGAACGGUUUCGGGAAGACGAAGGCUUCAUCAGGGAGGAGGAGAAGCCCCUGCCCACCAAUGAAUUCCAACGCCAGGUGUGGCUCAUUUUUGAAUAUCCCGAAAGCUCCAGCUCAGCCAGGGGCAUUGCCAUAGUCUCAGUCCUUGUUAUCCUCAUCUCCAUCAUAACCUUCUGCCUGGAGACCUUGCCUGAGUUCCGGGAUGAGCGGGAGCUCCAUGCCCCCCUUCUCCCUCUAUUAAAUGGUACCUCUAGGGACGACACCCAGCAGCCACCUCCCAGUACUCUGACUGACCCCUUCUUCAUCAUUGAGACCACUUGUGUCAUCUGGUUCACCUUUGAAUUGCUGGUGCGCUUCUUUGCCUGCCCCAGCAAGCCUGAGUUCUCCAGGAACAUCAUGAACAUCAUUGAUAUUGUAGCCAUUAUCCCUUACUUUAUCACCCUGGGCACUGAACUGGCUCAAGACAAUGGGGGCCAGCAGCAAGCCAUGUCCUUAGCCAUCCUGAGAGUCAUCCGGUUGGUCAGGGUCUUCAGGAUCUUCAAGCUCUCCAGGCACUCCAAGGGGCUUCAAAUUUUGGGGCAGACAUUGAAAGCUAGCAUGAGAGAACUGGGGCUACUUAUCUUCUUCCUUUUUAUUGGAGUGAUUCUCUUUUCCAGUGCUGUGUAUUUUGCUGAAGCUGAUGACCCUGAAUCACAUUUUUCCAGCAUCCCUGAUGCCUUCUGGUGGGCAGUGGUUACUAUGACCACAGUAGGUUAUGGAGAUAUGAGACCUGUCACUGUAGGGGGCAAGAUUGUGGGAUCCUUGUGUGCCAUUGCUGGUGUCCUCACCAUUGCCCUUCCUGUUCCUGUUAUCGUGUCCAACUUCAACUACUUCUACCACCGAGAAACUGACCAUGAGGAUCAGGCUAUCCUCAAACAUGAGUCAAGUAGUGCACAGGGCAGCUCAACUGGGGACUUGAAGAGACGAGCUAGUAAAAAUUCAUUGGACAAAUCUGUUGUGCACUUGGAGAAUGCUGAAGGGAUCAACAAUGGCACUAAAACUGUAGAAAAAACCACUAUCAAAGCAAAAAGCAGUGUAGAUCUUACAAAAUCUCUCUAUGCACUCUGCCUGGAUACCAACAGGGAAACAGACUUGUAA